UCUUCUCCAACAUCUCACUAUAAACCUCCACAAAAUCGCUGCAUUUUCUCCCGUUUCCCGCGAAAUCAACCCGAAAAUGAUCUCCGAUCCAUCGUCAUCGAUCCCCUUCAUCUCCUCCAUCUCCAUUCCCUUGCUCACCGCCAUUAUAGGCGCUGUCGUCGCCCUCCUCUUCGUCACCGACUACCUCCGUCGCAAGAGAUCCGAGGUCGCCACCAUCGCCCAACACCUUGAUGCCAAGGUCGAUGAUCAGAAGCCCUCCCGUCCUCCUCCCUCCAAGAAAUCCCAUCCCAGAUCCCACCACCACGCAGCCGCCGACAAGGAUCAAAUCAAAAGGCACCACCCUCUCGACGUGAACACUUUGAAAGGCCACGGGGAUGAUGUUACCGCCCUCUGCUUCUCGCCUGAUGGCCUGAAUCUUGCUACCGUGUGCGGUGAUGGAGUUGUGAGGAUUUUCCGGAUCGACGAUGCUUCCAGCAAAAGUUUCAAGCUUUUAAGGUUGAAUUUGCCGGCUGGGGCACACCCGACAGCGAUUGCCUUCUCUGAGGGGGAGACUUCGGUUGUGGUGGCGGCUCAGACUUUGUCUGGAUCCUCUCUUUAUAUGUAUGCAGAUGUGAGUGCCCCCAAGCAGCAAGUUAAAAUUCCCCACCCGGAGAUCAAAUGGGAGCACCACAAGGUGCAUGAUAGGAGCUCUGUGUUGACCCUUGUUGGAGCCUCUGCAACCUUUGGAAGUGGUGAUGGGAGCACGAUCCUUGCUUCAUGCUCUGAAGGGACUGAUAUUAAAAUUUGGCAUGGAAAAAGUGGUAAAGAGCUGGGAACUGUUGACACAAAUCAACUAAAGAACAACAUGGCUACCAUUUCCCCAAAUGGGCGUUUUCUGGCUGCUGCAGCCUUUACUGCAGAUGUGAAGGUGUGGGAAAUUGUUUAUUCUAAGGAUGGUUCUGUCAAGGAGGUUCUGAAAGUCAUGCAACUAAAAGGACAUAAGAGUGCGGUAACCUGUUUAUGUUUUACCCCAAGUUCAGAGCAGAUCAUUACAGCAUCUAAAGACGGUUCAAUUAGAGUUUGGAAUAUCAAUGUUCGAUAUCAUCUAGAUGAGGACCCGAAGACUUUGAAAGUGUUUUCUAUUCCACUUCAUGAUGCAAAAGGUUCUACUUUGCAUUAUGAUCAUUUUAGGAUCUCGCCUGAUGGCAAGAUCCUUGCGGCUACUUCUGGUUCGAUUCUGCAAUGGUUAUGUGCUGAGACUGGAAAGGUUCUAGACACUGCUGACAAAUCACAUGAAGGUGUCAUUACUGGCAUUGCUUGGGCCCCUCAAUUGAUUCCAGCAGGGGGUAAACCUGCUCUAGUUUUAGCCACAGCUGCUGUGGAUAAAAAGGUGAAACUGUGGCUGACUCCAGAACUUCAUUCAUCAUGAAAAAAGGAAAAAAAAAAACAAUGUACCUCAUAAUUGUCUCCUCCAGUUUACCUUCAUCUGAGUGUAUUCAGGUGUCCAAUGGAAUUCACCACAAUGAAAAAAGACUGAUGAAAGAAAACACAACUCAGAUGCCUUCACAUCUUUAUUUCCCUGACACAGCACUUGGAGGAUUUUGGGAUGCAUACAGAGUUAAAAUAAUGCAAGAUUAUUUCUUGUUUUUAUGCAAAAAAGAAUAGUUACAGCUAGUCUUAUUGAAGGUUGAUAGAAAGAUGUUACUACUUCUAGUGUUUAUUUUAUUUUAUUCUAUGCUUUUAAUUCCUACAGUUAAA